UUUUAGUCGAUUGUUGAUGCUAGGUUCUCAUGCUUUCUUAAUCAGAGAAGGCGAAUGUUUCGCUAAAGGCCAACGUUACAAAAUGAAAGACUAUAAAUUCAGACUUGUGAGAAGUCAGUAAAAUAAGGAAUAGGUGUGGAGAGGUAGGAAGGGUACUUCUGCAUUGAUAAUUGAGCAACCUAAAGACGUAUUGACAGGCUUUGAUACGUAGCGUUAGUCUAACGCAAUUUUGCUACCAGCUAACGUCUAGCAAUUCGCUUAUCGUGACGCACUGUUUCUGUUAGCGACAUAACGCCGUAUUGUUAAUGUGUGUGCGCUUGUUACAAGAGGUUAUAUGUAUUUGAAAUUUUGAAAUUCAGCGAGGAUGCCUGAGAAUUAUCGCCCAGAACAUGACGCCAAAAACACAGAACCCAGCAGCCCUAAACGACGGCGUCACAGUCGAUCAGGCAGUGGAAGUUCUCGUGAGUCAAGCCCUGGGGUGAAAAACUAUAGAUACGAAAACUAUUUUGUCAAAGAAGAGCGUAAAAGCAGAGGUAAGCCAAGAUUUCGGACGGCUAGUUCUCGUAGCCGCUCCAGAUCUAGAGAGCGACCCAACUGGUCUGAUCAGCGAGAUCAGCGAGAUAAUCGGCAUGGGCCUGCUCCGAGGUCUGAAUACUACGAUCACAGGGAUGAUGCCCAGCGCCAACGACAAGAAGCAUUCAAUGCAAGGCGUUUACAAGAGCGAGAGCGAAUUGGUGAACUGGGAUCACCAGAAGUCUGGGGAUAUUCACCAAGAGUGAGAGAUCCAGAUUCAGAUGAGCACACCCCAGUUGAAGAGGAUGUGAAAAACAACCCAAGUUCUGAAGAAGACAAGAAGAAAAAGAAAAAGAAGAAGAAGAAGUCGAAGUCAAAGAAAAAGAAAAGCAAGAAACACUCUGAGGACAGUGAAUCAGGGAGUGACUCAGAAGAAGAAGAUGUGAAAAAGAAGAAAAAGAAGAAGAAAAGCAAGAAGAAGAAGUCCAAGAAGAAGAAGGCCAAGAAGAGUCACAAAGAAUCCAGCAGCUCUAGCAGUGACCAGUCUGAAGAGGAGGAGGACGACAUUAAUGACGAUCUCUGGGUGGAGAAGAACGGUCUGAACGAAGUCAUGGUGGGCCCCGAGACUCCACUCACCCACCUGUCCCAGGAUGACAAGCCUCUGGACUUUGGGCACGCCCUCCUGCCAGGAGAGGGUGCAGCCAUGGCAGAGUAUGUGAAAGCAGGGAAACGGAUCCCAAGGAGAGGUGAAAUCGGACUGACCAGUGAUGAAAUCGCAUCUUAUGAAGUUUCUGGUUAUGUUAUGAGUGGUAGCAGACAUCGUCGUAUGGAAGCUGUGCGUCUGAGAAAGGAGAACCAGAUCUACAGUGCUGAUGAAAAGAGAGCCCUGGCGUCUUUCAACCAGGAGGAGAGAAGGAAGAGGGAGAGCAAGAUUCUGUCCAGCUUCAGAGAAAUGGUGUAUAGAAAGACAAAAGGCAAAGAACAGAAAUAAGGAAUGUUGUACUUUUAUGAUGUCUUUGCUAUUUUAAUUGUAUCUGUGCAGGUAAAUUGUGGUGUGGGGUUACCUGCAAUAUUACCAUGUACAUUUUGUUAAUAGCUUUCAAAGGCUUUAAAGAUACACUGAAGAUGUACUGAAACACAUGUUCAUUGACACUUCACUGAUCUUUCUUUAUUAGGCCUGCUGUCAUUCAUAUUUGAGCCUGUAGACACAUACAGAAUGGGCAUUUUUUUGUAAGGGAAAAGAGUAUUUGAGGGGAUUUUUGUCCUUGUAUUUUGAAUUUUAAUAAACAUUUUGGUGAAAAU